GAGGAUGUAUCUUCUUUCUUUUGCUUGGUUACUUCCAGGUGAGCAGAGGAAGAGAGUUCUUGGCAGGAGGAACAACAAGUCCUUCAGAAUCAUACAAUAUAACACCUGAGAAAUCUGGAAGCUGGCAUUUUCCACCCAUGAGAAUGUUCUUCUGCCACAACGGACCACGUCUCUGAUCCCCACUCAGCAGCAUGCUCGGCUCACCGUUGUCUGGCUCAUAAACACCACCAAUCAUCAUCGUCAUGUCGUUUUGGAGAUGUAUAACAGGUUCAUGAUCUCUAUAGCCAUAACAUGCAGUCCAACGGCGGAGCUUCCUCUUUGAAUUAGAAGCGAAACCUGAAACGCCGGACACAAGCUGUUUUGCUACGGCUAGACCAAUUUGAAAAAAUGUAUGCGACUGCGUUUUAGAUGCUGGAACGGUACUAGCCAUUGAUGUGUAGAUCGUUGGUGUUGCAGCUCAAGGGUUGUGAGUUGAUACUGUCUUUGAGUUCAGGGGGUUAUGUAGUGGUAUAAGUCAGUGGAAAUGGAGUGGUUAGUCAUGAAAGGUCAGUGAGAAGCUUUUGGUUCAGGUUUAGGUGCUUAUGUGGUUUGGUUGAUGGUUUGACUUUAACCAGUCUUCUUUUGACUUUUUUUGUGCGACCAAUGCCGUGUUAGCGCUUUCUCCACGUGGCAAGUUCUUUUUGUGUGUGAACUUAUUAGUGGGCCUAAAUUUAAAGCCCAUUAAACCCAAAACUCUCUUCCCCUUCUUUUUUCUGUACGCAAUCUGAAGUUCAUUUCGUCUCUGCGCCGCCGACAAACAGAUUCUCCGAGAAACCUAACCCGGCGGAGGAAACCAUGCGUCGUCACUCAGCAAUCGCUCUCCGAUGCCUAUUCACCAGAAACUCUCCACGACUCCCUCUUAAUCGAAGCAUUACCUCUUCUCCAGCUGCCGUAAACUCUACACCUCCUUCGCCGUCUCCUUAUUCGACAUCCAAUCUCAUCAAAGCAUCAUUCAGCUCAAUGAUCCAGAGGAAAUUCAGCACCGGCGGCUCGCCGCCAGAUGUGAACAAGGUGGUGGACGAGAUCAAUCUGAAGUUCGCAGAGGCGCGCGAGGAGAUAGAAAUGGCGAUGGAUGCGAAGGAGACGGUUUACUUCAACGAGGAGGCGGAGUGCGCGAGAGCAGCCGUGGCGGAGGUUAUGGAGAUGUUCGAGGGUUUGCUCGGGAAGGUAACGGAGAAAGAGAAAUCGUCUCUGCAGCGAUCCAUGGGGUUAAAGAUGGAACAGCUCAAAGCUGAGCUUCAACAGCUUAACGAAUGAUUGUUUGAUUUUUGUGAAGAACGAAGAGGUUAGCAGAACAGUUCCUCUGCGGUAUUAUUACCGAACCUUUGUUCUUGUCUUAUUCAAUAAAUGUACUCGUUACCGAGCAGCUUACGUUGUGUGUUUUGAUCUUUACAUAGAUACACAUCUUCUGUUAAAGGAACAAGCUUUUUAUGAGGAAGAACUUGAAAUAA